CACUCACAGCAACGAAAUAAUAACAAAAGAGGAUUACAUUAGUUGACGAGUUCUGAUAUUAGGGUUUGGACCCCUCUGUGUCUUCUCUUCAUCUGCACACAACACAUGCCCUGAGCGAAGGAUGGAUGAAGGUGAGGGAGGGUACGGCGAGAGUGGAGAUCCCAUGGAUCAGUUCCACCGUAACGAAGCUAUAUCCGCAGUUGCUGACGAGGGUUUCUUAGGCGAGGAAGACGACGAUUACGAAGACCUCUACAACGAUGUGAAUGUCGGCGAAGGGUUUCUCCAAUCGUUGCGAAAGAAUGAGGAUUCCGGGUUUCGAAACGACGACGUCGAUGAGAAGAAGCCGCAGCAGGCAGCUCAGGAUCCGGUUGGGGUUUCGAUUCCCGGUGUCGGUGAUGGUGGUGACGGUGCGGUUGUGGAGCCUAGGGUUUCUGGGAGGGUUGAUGGAUUUCAGAAUCAGGGGUUUAGAGGGAGUAAUCCUAAUGGUGGAGGUGGAUCGGGGAGUGGGGGUGGGAUUAGGGUUGAAUUAGGGCAACCAUCUGGGAAAAUUAGUGAAAUUGAGGAGCAGAGUGGUAAUGAUGGGGGUGCAGUGCAGGGGAUUGGGCAGCAACCGCAAGGUGGGGUUGUUGGGAAUGUGGGAAAUGAGGGAUUGGCAAGGCAGGGUCAAGGUGGUGGUGGAGGUGGCGUGGCUGCAGGAGGUGGUGGUGGUGGUGGUGGUGGUGCUGCUGCUCCUGGUGGAGGUGGUGGUGGUGGGGGCACUAUAUUGUUUGUUGGUGAUUUGCACUGGUGGACUACGGACGCUGAGCUGGAAGCCGAGCUUUCUAAGUAUGGGCCUGUGAAGGAGGUGAAGUUUUUCGAUGAGAAGGCGAGUGGGAAAUCAAAAGGGUAUUGCCAGGUUGAGUUUUAUGAAGCUUAUGCUGCAACUGCUUGUAAGGAAGGGAUGAAUGGGCAUGUUUUUAAUGGGAGGCCGUGCGUUGUUGCGUUUGCGUCGCCCUUUACUGUUAAGAAAAUGGGAGAGGCCCAGAUAAGUAGGAAUCAACAGAUGAAUCAAUCUGCUGUUAACCAGGGAAGGAGGGGGCCCGCUGAUGCGGGGGCCAAGCCUGGUGGUAGUAAUAUUUCGACUGGUGGUAAUUACCAAGGAGGGGGGGAUGGCAAUAGAGGUUAUGGUAGAGGAGGUAACUGGGGGAGAGGGAACAAUCCUGCGAUGGGAAAUAGGGGGCCUGUUAAUCCAAUGAGGAAUAGGGGUGGUGGUGGGAUGGGUGGGAGAGGUCUAAUGGGUAACGGUGGGAAUGGAUUUGGACAGGGUAUUGGUGGUACCCCACCACUGUUGCAUCCUCAGUCAAUGAUGAAUCAGGGUUUUGAUCCUGCAUUUGGCGGUCCCAUGGGUAGAAUGGGUAGCUAUGGAGGCUUUCCUGGUGCUCCAACUCCUCCAUUCUCUGGGAUUUUACCUUCAUUCCCUGGUGUUGGAGGCGUUGGUUUGCCUGGAGUAGCACCUCAUGUUAAUCCAGCCUUUUUUGGGAGAGGGAUGCCUGUGAAUGGUAUGGGUAUGAUGCCAACAUCAGGUAUUGAUGGUCCUAACAUGGGAAUGUGGUCGGAUCCAAACAUGGGUGGAUGGGGUGGCGAGGAGCAUGGUGGUGGCAGGGCUGGAGAAUCAAGCUAUGGCGAGGAAGCUGCAUCAGAUCAUCAGUACGGUGAAGUGAGUCAUGACAGAGCAGGGUGGCCUAAUGCUAUGAGGGAAAAAGAUAGAGGAUCGGAAAGGGACUGGUCUGGUUCUUCUGAGCGAAGGUAUAGGGAUGAUAGGGAUCAAGGAUAUGAGAGAGAUGCACCUAGAGAAAAAGAUGCGGGACACGAUCAUGAAUGGUCAGAACGAAGGCAUCGGGAUGAUAGAGAAAUGGGCCGAGAACGAUCUCGUGACCGUGAUCGGGAACGAUCUCGAGACCGUGAUCGUGACCGUGAAAGGGAUCGUGAUAGAGACCGUGAGCGGGACAGGUACAGGGAGGAUAGAGACAGAUAUGCAGAUCAUCAUAGGUACAGAGACCGUGAAGCAGAGCAUGAGGAUGAGUGGGAACGGGGACGGUCGUCAAGGACUCAUAGCAAAUCACGAUUAUCACAAGAGGAGGAACACCAUUCAAGGCCAAAGGAUGCUGAUUAUGGGAAGAGGAGGAGGCUUACCUCUGAGUAAUACUUUCCGUUGAUGAAGGAAAGAGCAGUAACUAAAAAAAUCAGGAUUUGUCAUGGUUGUUUGGAUUUCUGGUUGUGCUCUCUUGAUCCAGAAGUUGUUGAGCAGCUGUUUCGUUUCAUUCACUUGUUCCCGUUGCUUCUUGUCAGGAGCAUGGCUUUGUUCUCCUAUAAGAAAGGUUAGAUUUAAAACUUCAAUUCUUUGUCUAGUGGUAUUAUGCUCUCCUGUGCUUUUUAUGAUUAGUAAUGCUACUGCCAGCAAAUGAGAAACUUUUCAAAAUCUAUUUUGUAUGUUAAAAGUGAAUUAAGUAUUACUUGUAAGCAUAUUAGUCAAUAGCGGGAGCGAUUGGGGCAGAGAGGAGCGGAGCAGCUCCCUGCCACGAUUCUGGGGUUUCGUCCUCCCUUUCUGAAAGCUGUAAUGUUUUUGUGGGGGACAAUCUUGGGAUUCUCUCUCUGCGCCCCCCC